GGAGAACGCAUAUUGAAAUAUUUUUUUCGAAAACCACUUGAAAUAAGAGGGGUAUUUUAAAAUUCUUCAUUCCUUGAACAAGACCCUGGUACAUUAGACAGCUUUUUGACAAAAUGCACUGUAAAAUUUACAGUUUAAACCAGGCUGAUGUUUGUUUCGGAUCGCGGAGCAGGUUGUCUGAACUUCUAUGAUUAACUUGGCUUUCCUAUCUCCUCUGCUUUUCUAGUUUAGAAGACUGGAACUUGUUACGUGCUUUUGAUAAGAGGAAGGCUUAAACUCGUGUAGGGUGGUAGAGAAGGAAGCACAAAAGUUGAGUUUGCCUUAAGUGGAAGGGAUUUAAACCAAUAACAAUUAAACCUAAUUAAUCUAAGUAGAAAUUCUAAGUGAAAUUCUAAUGUAAGAAUUAAAUUAGUAAAAAAGUUAAAAGGCAGUAAAUGUUGGUAUAUCUUAGAAUAUACUAAAAAAUGACCUAUUUGAUUAUUCUUUUCCGCUUGUGUAGUUUUGAAAGUGAAUUUUAAAUAUCUGUGACCUUGUAGAGUUUCAUAACAUGAAUUUUGUUGUAGAGCUGUUCAGUUUCUGCACUAAUGGGUGGUUUUAACCAUAGGAACAAAUUAUUGUGUUGUGCAGAAAACAGGAUCACAAGGAUCACGAGGACUGCUUUGCAAAUUCUAAAUAUUCGAUCUAAUUAGCCUUUGGUGUUAUGGAGACAAAGGAUAUGCUGUACAUUGUUACUGAGUUUGCAAAGAAUGGAGAAAUGUUUGAUCAUCUGACCUCCAAUGGGCACUUGAGUGAAAGUGAAGCGCGGAAGAAGUUCUGGCAGAUUCUUUCAGCAGUGGAAUAUUGUCACAGCCACCACAUAGUGCACAGGGAUCUCAAAACAGAGAACCUUCUGCUAGAUGCUAACAUGAAUAUCAAGUUAGCAGACUUUGGCUUUGGAAACUUCUACAAGUCGGGAGAACCCCUCUCCACUUGGUGUGGAAGCCCACCCUAUGCAGCUCCAGAAGUUUUUGAAGGCAAAGAAUAUGAAGGACCUCACCUUGAUAUAUGGAGCCUUGGGGUGGUACUGUAUGUCCUUGUCUGCGGUUCUCUGCCUUUUGAUGGACCCAAUUUGCCAACUCUGAGGCAAAGAGUGCUGGAGGGGCGGUUCCGCAUCCCAUACUUCAUGUCCGAAGACUGUGAAACACUAAUCCGGCGGAUGUUGGUUGUGGACCCAACCAAGCGGAUAACCAUUUCCCAGAUAAAGCAGCACAAGUGGAUGCAAGCUGACCCAUCCCUUCAGCAGCAGCAGUCCUUGUCCUUCUCCAUGCAAAACUACAACUCCAACCUGGGUGACUACAAUGAGCAGGUCCUUGGGAUCAUGCAAACGCUUGGCAUCGACAGGCAGAGGACUGUGGAGUCUCUGCAGAACAGCAGCUACAACCAUUUUGCUGCAAUUUAUUACCUGCUCUUGGAGCGCCUCAAGGAGUAUCGGAGCAGCCAGUUGUCCAGUCGUCCGGCGACCGGCCGCCAGCAACGGCCCAGGAGCUCCGAGAUCACCAAUGUUGAGAUGCCUCAGGACAGUCUCUCUAGCGAAACCCUGCGAUCAUCUCUGCUUUACCAGCAACCUCAGAGCCUGAUUCAGCCAUCCUUGCAGGCAGAAAUGGACUGUGACAUAAGCAAUCCAUUACAGCCUGUGUUCUUCCCUGUGGACACCAACUUCAACGGGCUCUUCCGGAACCGCUCCAUCUCCCCCAACAGCCUGCUGGAGACCACCAUCAGUGAAGAAGUAAGGCAAGAGAAGGAACUGGAGGAUGAAAUCAAGGCAUAUGACCACCCCAUCCGCAUCCCUAGCAACACCAGCAGGAGGCACACGCUGGCCGAAGUGACCACCCGUUUCUACCAGCAUGCCCCUCCAUGUAUAGUCAUUUCCUCUUCUGCCAGCCCCACAGAGGGAACUAGUUCAGACAGCUGCCUUACUUCAUCUUCAAAUGACAGCUCAGUGGCCCUGAGCAGCUGUUUGGCAGGUCAAGUAAUGACGGGGAGCCCGGCCACAGUGAGGAUGACGUCGCCCUUCCUAACUUCCCAGUCUGACGCUCCGGUGUUACAAGCCCAGGGCUGCAUGGGAGGUGCUUCUCUCCUACCUGUCAGCUUCCAAGAAGGAAGGCGAGCAUCUGAUACCUCAUUAACUCAAGGCUUGAAGGCUUUUAGGCAGCAGCUGCGGAAGAACGCUCGAGCCAAGGGGUUUCUCGGCUUGAAUAAAAUCAAAGGCUUUGCUCGGCAGGUGUGUCAGUCCUCCUCCUCUCGGGCAGCAAGGAGUGGCAUGAGCCCCUUCCAGCACACGCAGCCCAACACCUGCAUGUACAGCAGCAGUGGGAGCAGCAGAGAGGGGAGAAGCCUCCUGGAGGAGGUGCUGCAGCAGCAGAGAAUGCUCCAGUUCCAGCAUCACCAACUACUCCAGACAGCUUGUCCCCAGACUCCUCAGGCACCUUCAGCGAACGGCGUCCCCUCCUCAGAGAGCCCAGGUACCUGCAAGGCGUCCAACUCCAUCCUGCUGUCAGAGCUGCAAAGAGAGAACUCCUUUGAGCUGGCCUUUGCUGGCAGCAGCCAGCUGCUCCAACCUCAUUUCUUCGGUGUGAGCGUCUCCCCGGUGUCCUCGGCCGCUCACCUCCUGGACACGCACCUGUACAUCAGCGGCAACGCCUCCCCCGUGGGCACCACCUUCUCCCAGCAGCAGAGUUUCUCUGCGCAGUCCCCGGGCUACGACGCCGUCGCUCUGCAACACGGGGACUGUGAGAUGGAGGACCUGACUUCCAGCCAGCUUGGGAAGUUCGUCCUGGUCAAGUGAGAGAGCCCUGGCUGCUCCUGUGGGGAAGGAACUUUUCACCGCUGUUCCGUGGCUGGCUGGCGUCGUGUGGACGAGUGACUCUCAGAAGCAAUAAAUUUUGAAGUAUGUGAAGAGGCUGUCUGGCUCAGAAAGCUGGCAACUUUAUAGGACUGAAACAAGCAAUAUGUAUGUCUUUUUUUUUUUUUUUUUUUUUUUUUUGCUUCUACUAUUCUUGCACUGAACAAAUACGAAUAGGAACUGAAUUUUUUUUAAAGGAAAAAUAAUGAUGGGGAAGAUGGGUGGGGCAUUUGUGGGGACAGGGAGGGAUGUGGUUGGGGAAGAACUCUUCGGUACUGUACUCAAGUCAGACCAAUACAGCUCUGCUGUUAUGCAAGAUUAGCAGCUGUCAGUAGUGGUGACACAGCAGGGAGAGGCUUUUCAAAGAAGGGACCAGAGCCUCCCUUUUUCACAAUAUUCAUUUAUGGGUUUGUGAAGAUGAUUACCUCUUUUAAAGAAAAUAAACAGAAAACCAGUGGCAUGCAGCAUUAUGCAUUCAUAGGAGACAAAAAUGGAAGCAUUGCCAUUUGUUGUUUUUUCUUUCCCUCCUGUUAACACUCGUUUUAUUUAAAGGAACCAACAUCCCCAUUCCACACCUCCUAGAUACAUACACUUUAAAUGAAAACUGUGAACUUCUUGCUUGAUACAUCAGCUGGAAAAGCUUAACAUGCCCUUCUAAUUAGUACAGAAGCAGUAACUAUUUAAAAUGUAUUCCUUGAUAUCAGGAUCCAAAUUGCAUAAUGCCUGGUCUUUUGCAGGGAUGUUUGUUUGGGAGUGGUGUGUGUCUACAUAUACACACGUGCACACUUGCAUAUAUUUUAUUGGUCUGGAUAAUCUUUAGGAAUCUUUUUAUAAACUCUUAAGUUUAUUCAUAUUCUUGCAGAGGCACUGAGGAGGGAAGCAGCAGUACCGGUGGGGUGAUGGGAAGGGUUUUCUUUUUAAAAAACCCCUCCUAGAUGUUGCCUACAAAGUUGCCUGAGGGGUAUUUCUUAGUGCUGCACAUUGUUAUUUCAGCUGCUAAUUAUGUUUUUAUGCAUUUCAUUAUCAGGGUCCAAACAGAACUGACUCUUGGGGAAAUGUGCAAUAUUGAGGUUAUAAUUAUAUAUUGACAAAGACAAAAGGAAUAGGCUAGAACAGAAUUCUACUCUAACAGAGUACAGCUUUUUCUGAACAAAACUGUAUUAAAAAGUGAGUAAAACAGCACAAUCUUUGGGUGUGUUUGUUUUUGGUUGGUUUGUUUUUGGCAUAUUAGCAAAACAAGGUUUUGGAUUAGAUAGGUGUUUUUUUGUAUGGUUUUUAAUGCUGUAUAUGUAUAUAAAUAGGAAGCAGAAAACUAUAUAACACUAGUUAUUUUUUAUAUUUUGUAAUAUGCUUAUGUUGUGUUUCUGGUAUAAACCCCAACUCCCCUUCCAAGGCAGACCAUGACUUCUGUUGGUGUCAAUAGAAGUUUUGCUUGGGUAUAAAGGGGAGAGCAGGCUGUGCUCCUACAGAAAUGAGUCAGGGAGUGCGUGCGAACUUUGGAAGCAGGUGAGCAGACAGUGAGCCAGCUUGGCUGGAAGCUGCCAUCUGAAUGUCAGAAAAUAGCUGCAUUCUGUCUAAAUGCUUAAAGGACCCAUCUCUCUAGUGUGACACAGGGUGCCUUCAAGUUACCUUGGCUUCAUGCAACCUGCAGUAUUACGCAUUUGCAAAUAAUAUAGAGACCUUUUUUUUUGUUUGUUUUGUUGUUUUGUUUGGUUUUUUGUUUUGUUCUGGGGGUUUUUUUGUGUGGUUUUUUUUUUUUUUUUUUUUUUUUAAGAAAAAAGCCAAAGAUUGACCAGGUUAAUUGGUGGGAGUAGGAAGGGUUGAAGAUGUUAUGUGGCUCUGUCUGUGGCUCUCCAUAAAAGACCUCUUUAUCUGUGUGUUGUACCUGUGUGUCUGUAUUGGUGCAUGCCCAGCUUGCCACUGCUGCUCCAUGGUCUGGAAGCUUCAAAGUGAGAGAAAACUGGUUGAGUUGAACUCCUGUUAAUGAGUGGUGCCUUGCAGCAGAGAAAACACCAAAGUCUCAUGCUCAUUAGUAGUGUGGGUUUAAAACAAACAAACAAACAAACAACCCCUCCAAAAAACCCCAACCUAAAAAAGAGAGUGCAUGGGGAUGGCUGAGGAGGAGGGCAAGAAGAAACCAGCUCAUCACAAAGCAGCAACUUUGCCUUCAGUUUUGCAAGGGGUAGCACACAUACUUAAACCACAGAAUUUCCUCUUCAAUAUGUGUUUUGUUUAAUGCCAUGGAUCUAAAGGCCACAGAUUCUUUAGUUUCCUGUCCUGAGCAAUGACAAGCACUUUACUUUCAUAGUAUUUCUUUUUUUUUUCUUUUCCGAUUGCUGUAGAACCUCUUUGGAAUUAUUGCUGGAGCAGAAAGAGGUCAUUUUAAAAGUCUGGGUUCUUUUGUAGAUAUCUCGACAGUGCUGUUCUGCAGACUGCAAUGCAAUAGGGUAUUUAAAGACACUACGUGAUUGGUUUAAUUGAGAUGUGUAUUUUAUUUUUUAUCAUGACUGAACAAUCAUUUUAUUUCUUAUGUUAAAAUGAGAGGUGUACACCAAAAUGAUUAGUUGAUGUGUUUUAUUUAAUAUUUAAAUAAUAAAAAAAAAAAAAUGUUUUAAAA